UCUUUCACUAAAAAGCAACAGCAUAAAAAGCAAGCAACAACGGCAAGAGAGAGAAACACACGAACAAAUAAGAGGGACACAAAGAGACACAGAGAGAUCUAACAAGCAUGGGGUGAUCCCCGAGAACAAAAACAGAGGAAGCAGCUCUACUUGUUUUUCUUCUUGCUGCUAUCAGAUUAGCCUCUAAACAACUUCCUUUUGGUUUUUCUUACAAAUUCUUAAGAGAGCUGUUACUCUUUUGUAUACCAAUCACUAUUUGGACUUGAAAGCUCUGCUGAUCAGGUACAAGGAGGGGAGUACAAAACUCAAUAUUGAGAAAUCAGUGUCGGUUUGACUGGUCGUUGGUUUGGAUCGUACUUAUUGCUUCAAGGAUCGUAGGUUUGUCAUUUCUGCGAUCGGAAUUGGGAAGUGGUAGUGUUAUUGGAUUGAAUUAUGGCUGCCAGGUCGCAAGCAGAUUCUAAAAGGAAGUAUUCGUGGUGGUGGGACAGCCACAUUAGCCCAAGAAACUCAAAAUGGCUUCAAGAAAAUCUUACAGAUAUGGAUUCCAAAGUCAAACAGAUGAUCAAACUCAUCGAAGAAGAUGCAGAUUCCUUCGCAAGGAGGGCAGAGAUGUACUACAAGAAACGCCCAGAGCUUAUGAAAUUGGUCGAAGAGUUUUAUAGAGCGUAUCGUGCCUUGGCUGAAAGAUAUGAUCAUGCCACCGGGGCCCUUCACCAGGCGCAACGAACAAUGGCAGAAGCAUUUCCCAACCAAGCCCCCUUUAUUCUGGGUGAUGAUUCCCCUGCAGGUUCUGCUACUGACUGUGAUCCCCGUACACCUGAUAUGCCACCAAUACGUGCACCUUUUGACCCUGAUGAGCUGCAAAAGGAUGCUUUGGGCGUCUCACCAUCCCAUGCUAUCAAUAGGAAUGGAGCUUUUACUGAGAAAUCAGACCCUGGAAGAAAGGGUUUGAAACAAUUCAAUGAUCUUUUUGGGCUUGGAGAUGGGAUGGACAAUGCUAAGUUUGCAGAAGGGAGGGUGAGAAAAGGCCUCAAUUUCCAUGACCCAGAGGAGAAAGGACGAGGUGUGCAAAACAAUGGCAUCCAUGAUCUCAAGGCUCGAGCCCCAUCUGAGUCUGAGCAAGUUAGUAAAGCUGAGCUAGAAAUUUUAAAUUUAAAGAAUGCACUUGCUAAACUAGAAGCCGAAAAAGAAGCUGGCCUGCUUCAGUAUGAGCAAAGUUUGGAAAGAUUGUCUAAACUGGAGUCAGAAGUCUCUCGUGCAACGGAGGAUUCCAGGGGACUUAAUGAACGAGCUAGCAAAGCUGAAGCUGAAGUUCAAACUUUGAAGGAAGUCCUUGCACAAUUAGAGGCUGAAAAGGAAUCUAGUUUUCUUCAAUACCAGGGGUGUCUGGAAAAGAUAUCUAAUCUGGAGAACAAUCUCUCUCUUGUCCAAGAGGAUGCAGGAGAACUAAAUGAGCGAGCCAGCAAAGCUGAAACUGAAGCUCGAUCCCUAAAGCAAGACCUGUCUCGAUUAGAAGCUGAAAAAAUUGAUGCACAGGUUCAGUACAGCCAAUGUUUGGAAAAGAUAUCUGAUCUAGAGGACAAAUUACAUAAUGCACAGGAAGAUGCCAAGAGGUUCAGUGAGCGUGCAGAUGAUGCUGAAAGGGAAAUUGAAGCCUUGAAGCAUGCUUUGACCAGGCUAACUGAAGAAAAGGAAGCUGCUGUCACUCAGUACCAGCAGUGCCUGGCAACAAUUGUCAGUCUGGAGCAUAAAAUUGCUUGUUUUGAGGAGGAAGCCCGGAGGCUUAACUUGGUGAUAGAUGAUGGGACUGUGAAGUUAAAGAGUUCUGAAGAGAGGUGUCUUCUUUUAGAAAAAUCAAACCAAACCAUACACUCCGAGUUAGAGUCAGUGAUGCAGAAAGUGGCGGCUCAAAGCAGUGAGCUUACGGAAAAGCAGAAGGAGUUGGGGAGACUUUGGGCUUGCGUCCAAGAAGAGCACUUGAGAUUCAUGGAGGCUGAAACUGCAUUUCAAACUCUACAGCAUCUGCACUCUCAAUCUCAGGAAGAAUUGAGAUCUGUGGUGGCUCAGCUUCAGAACAGGGCUCAAAUUUUGGAGGACCUGGAAGCUCGUAAUCAGAGUUUAAGAGAUGAAGUGGAGCAUGUCAAGGUGGAGAACAAGAGCCUUAGUGAAGUCAACUUAUCUUCAGCUCUGACUAUACAGAAUCUGCAAGAUGAGAUUUCAAGCUUAAGGGAGACCAUAAAGAAACUUGAAGCAGAGGUGGAGCUUCGAGUGGACCAAAGAAAUGCUCUUCAGCAAGAGAUUUACUGUCUAAAGGAGGAGCUAAAUGAACUUAACCAGAAGCAUCAGGCAAUCAUGAGGCAGGUGGAAUCAGUUGGCUUCGGUCCAGAGUCCUUUGGAUCAUCUGUGAAGGAUUUGAAGGAUGUCAACAUCAAGCUGAAGGAGGUUUGUGAGAGAGACAGAACUGAAAAGCUAGCUCUUUUGAAAAAGUUGGAGAACAUGGAGAAACUUAAUGAUAAAAAUGCUCUUCUGGAGAAUUCUUUAUCAGAUUUGAAUGUUGAGCUAGAAGGGGUCGGAGAGAAGUUAAAGGCACUAGAAGAAUCCUGUCAAUAUCUUGUGGAAGAGAAAUCCGUUCUUGUUUCUGAGAAGGAUUUGAUGGCUUCUGAGUUGCAAUUUGCUACUGAUGAUUUGGAGAAAGUUACAGAGAAGAACCACAUUCUGGAGAAUUUCCUCCUUGAUGCAAAUGCUGAACUUGAAGGGUUGAGGGAAAAAUCAAAGAGCUUGGAAGAUUUUUGCCUGCUGCUUGUGAAUGAGAAGUCUGAGCUGGCCUCCAUGAAAGGAAGUUUAUCUUCUCAGUUGGACAUCAGUGAGAAAAGCUUGCAGGAUUUGGAGAAGAAUUAUACAGAAUUAGAAGAAAAAUAUUCCCAUCUGGAGAAGGAGAGACAAUCCUCACUUCAUGAAGUACAAGAAUUACAGGUUCGUUUAGAUGCUGAAAAGCAAGAACAUGCUAAUCUAGCCCAGUUGAGUGAGUCCCAAUUGGCUGGUAUGGCAUCACAGAUUUGUUUGCUACAAGAAGAAAGUCUAUGCAGAAAGAAAGAAUAUGAAAAGGAGCUGGACAAAGCUGUGAAUGCAGAGAUUGAGAUCUUUAUCUUGCAGAAAUGUGCGCAAGAAUUGGAAGAGAAGAAUUCUUCCCUCUUGCUUGAUCAUCAGAAGCUCGUGGAGGCAUCUAAACUGUCAGAGAAACUGAUCUCUGAUAUGAGACAUGAAAAUUGUGAACAACAAGAAGAGGUGAAAUGCUUAUCUGAUAAAAUUAAAACACUGAGGAUGGGACUUUAUCAGGUGUUGAUGACUCUUGAACUUGAUGCGAACCAGUGUGAAAAUAAACCCAAGCAAGACCAGAAACUGCUGAACCAUGUACUCAACAGGCUUCAAGAAUCACAGGAGUUUCUCUUCAAGACACAAGAUGAAAAUCAGCGGUUGUUCACUGAGAACUCUGUUCUAGUUACUCUGCUUAGGCAACUGCAAUUAGAGGUGGAAAAUCUUGUGAAGACUAAAAAUAUCCUCGAUCAAGAAUUGACAACCAGGUCUGAGCAAUUCUUGGUUUUGCAAAAUGAGAGCCAAGAGCUUUCAGGGAUAAACGAAGAGAUGAAAUUGAAGUUAAUAGAGGGAGAUCGCAAAGAGGAGGCUUUGAAGGUUGAACUAAAUAAUCUCCAUGUACAGCUGUCAGACUUGCAAGGUGCUUUCCAGAACUUACAAGAGGAGAACUGCAAGGUUCUUGAUGAUCAGAGGUCCUUGAUGAAAUCAUUUUCAGACCUGCAGAUGGAGAAAUGUGAACUGGAAGAGGAAAACUUCUGCAUUCUUGUUGAAACUGUAUCUCAAAGUACCCUUUCUCUAAUUUUCAGGGAUAUCAUCUGUGAAAAAUCUGUGGAAAUAAAAAGCCUUGGUGUAAGCCUAGAUAAACUGUGUCAUGACAAUAAUGGUCUCAACGAGAAGGUGAAGACACUGGAGAAAGAGUUAGAUAACUUCAGUGGCUUAGAAGAUGAUAAGAGAGAGUUGCAUAAAAUGGUGGAGGAUCUGAAGUGCAAGUAUGAUGAGGUUGAGGUGAUACGAUCAGAUCAAGAAAUGCAGAUCAUCAAACUAUUAGGAGAUUAUGAUCAGAAAAUUAAGGAGGCUGAAAACAUUCGUGAAGUAAAUCAGAAAUUGGAGUCUGAAAUUAGGAAAUUGCAUGAAGAAUUUCAAGAAGUUAAAGACCGGAAGGAAAAUUUGAGUCAUGAACUGGUAAAGGAAAGAAAUGAGGUUGAACUACAAGAGUCUCAGGCUGUUGCAUUGUUUGGUGAGCUGCAGAUAUCUGCUGUCCGAGAAGCCUUGUUUGAAGGAAAGCUUCGCGAGCUCCUUAAAAUAUGUGAGAGCCUUGAAGAUGGAAAUUGCUCAAAAGACAUGGAGAUUGACCAGCUGAAAGAAAGAGUUAGCACUUUGGAAGGUGGAAAUGCAGAACUAAAAGCUCUUGUGGCUGCAUAUUUGCCAGCUUUCAUGUCGUUGAGGGAUUGUGUAACAUCACUGGAGAAGCACACUCUUCCAGAUGCGACACUUCAUGAAGGUGACAGCAAGGAAUCAAAGGAUGCUGCAUUGGUGGUGCAUGCCAAAGGCUUUCACCAAAUGAGUGAAGGACAGAGUGGCAUGGUGCCAGGUGGAACCUUGGACUUCCAGGAUUUGCAAAUGAGGAUUAGAGCUAUUGAGAAAGAAAUCAUUGAGAAGGAGAGACUUGUUAUGCUAGAAAACUUGAGUUAUCAUUCCAAACUCGAUGCUGCAAUAAGGCAGAUUGAGGACUUGAAAUCUGGAAGCAGUGCACGUCAAAAAGGUGUCGAGACAAGGAGGUAUGUUAAGCCAAAACCGGAGGAUGGGGAACUGGGGGCCACACCAAGUGAUGAUCUGAGGCGGCAGAAACGAACACAUGAAAUCUCAGAGGAUGGGAAUGAAGUGAUGACAAAAGACAUAAUACUUGAUCAGAUAUCAGAAUGUUCACCCCAUGGAAUCAGCAGGAGAGAAACUAUGCAGGCUGAUGAACAGAUGCUUGAAAUAUGGGAAACUGCUGAUCGGGAUGACAGCAUUGACCUGACUGUUGGAAAAACACAGAAGGUGACUGCUUCACAGAAGAAGAAAAAACACAUUAGGCAGCAUCCUUCUGCAGAAUCAAUGGUUGAGAAGGAGGUGGGUGUGGACAAAUUAGAGAUCUCAAAAAGAUUGUCAGGGUCUCGUCAAGAAGGGAAUGAGAGGAAAAUUCUAGAAAGACUUGAUUCUGAUGCUCAAAAGUUGACAAAUCUUCAAAUAACAGUUCAAGAUUUGAUGAGCAAGGUGGAGAUUACGGAGAAGAGCGAGAAGGGAAAAGGUAUUGAAUAUGAUAAUGUGAAGGAGCAGCUGGAAGAAUCCGAGGAGGCCAUCAUGAAGUUGUUUGAAGUGAAUCGCAAACUAAUGAAGACUGUUGAAGAUGAGCCACUGUACUUUGACGAGAAACCCGAAUUAGCACCAGAUGAGAGUGGCAGUGUCAGGAGAAGAAAGAUUACAGAGCAGGCAAGAAGAGUGUCAGAGAAAAUUGGGCGUUUGCAGUUGGAGGUGCAGAAAUUGCAGUUCGUUUUGCUGAAACUUGAUGAUGAAAACAGAAGUAGAGGGAAAACAAAAAUCACAGAGCAAAAAACGAAAGUUCUACUGCAGGACUAUCUGUAUGGCAGCACAAGAACUCGCCAGAAGAGGAAGAAAGGGCACUUCUGUUCAUGCGUGCAACCUCCAACUAAAGGAGAUUGAGGCAAUCACAUUUUAUCGGGAAAUAAUAGAUGUAGUUCAAGCCCUCAAGGCUUAAAUAUGAGACAUUAGUUGCUUUGUGCAUAAGCUUUCCUCGCUAGAUAUGGUUAUAUAGAGAGCUAGCUGCUAGACUUUUUUUCUUUUGACCUUUGCUUGGUUAGAGAGGACCCUGUCGUCUUCUAGUUUAGAGAUCCUGCUGUACAUGCCAGUCCCCGUCGAAUCAAAAGAGGCUGCUCUAUUAGAGCUUGUUUUCCCCUUCAUUUCGUUUGCAUGUUUCGACGUUGCUCAGGUUUCCAUGGGGAGCUAUUUUCUUCCAGGUGUACCUGGCUUUAUAGUGAAGGACUCUUCAAGGCCC